AAAAAAGAUAAAUUAAAUAUAAGAUGAUCGAGCAUAUUAGCAACAUUCUAAUGUCUAGCAAACAACAUUCACUGCAUUAUAAUAACUUUAUUUCAUUAUAAAGUUAUAUGAAAAGUCCAAUUAUGUGUAAAAAAUAUAUUAAAAUUUGUUUCAGGUACUUUUUGUGACCAAUUCAUACAUGGUAAACAGAAAAAACAAAUUAUAUUUUAUAGGAUACUAUUGAAUAUCCUAUAAAUUUCAGAGCAUUUUUGGUUUAAAUGCUUUUGUCCUCAAUACACUGCAAUGCAAGUAAGAGGAAAAACAUUCGAAGAAAGUUCUAGGCACCAGUACUUAAGUUUUUCACCGUGGAUUGGACUGACGACUUCUUAAGAGAGAUAUUGCAACAGACAUAACAGUCUAGAAACGUCUGGAAAGUAACGGGGAAAAGUGCACAUUCAUUCGCCACGAUUUUGUGGAGUGACGCGCGCACUAUUCACAUUUUCUAGAUCUGUUUGCGCAUACGUGGACGACGGACAAUCGUCGUAUUUGUGUAAUUUUCGCUGUGUUUGCAUUAUUACGAACGAACCAACGAGAGAUCAUUCUAGUUGUCGCUGAAUCAUUUAUUGGUGCCAUGAUGAUUACUAGGUGAAUUUGAUGAUAACCAGUUCUCUCUCCAGCUUGUCGCAAUCGAUGACUCAUGUCAUAUGCAUAAACUCCGAAAAUAAUGUCAGCGCCUUCAGAGAGCGAAUGUACAAACAGAUAUGACAGAUGUAUAUAAACACAUUAUUAACUGUAUUUUUUUGAACGUUUUUAUAAUUGAUUUUAAAUAAAUACUUUCUUUUAUUUUCUUUGUAAAUUGUGAAAUUAUUUUCUCGGAAUAGAUUGGAUUAGAUAUUUAUUAUAUUAUAACAUAUUACGUAAAGGUCGUAAAGUGUCUGAUUCAAUCUAGUUGGAGAAAAUGAUGGCGAUUUUGAGGGAAAAUAAGGGAAAGUAAAUUGUGCUGCCCAUCAACCUCACUCGAUAAUGUUCAUUCUGACAGCAGCAUGUUUAAGAUGCGAUCUACCGAUCAUUUCCAAUCGCAAUUUUCUAAUGGUGUUGAUAUCAGUUGGUGUAUUAUAUACUUGCGAAAUAUACAUAUGAUGCCGCAUUAUAAAUUAAAAUGUGCACUUUCCGUAUGGACAUAUCCAGGGUCGGAUUUGAAGGUUGAUAUUUUGAAUAUUUGUUGUCGACUUGCGUAAAGUUAAUAAUUUUUAAUAGAAACCUUGCAUUGUGUUUACAUUCAUUUUUGUAUCGCCACGUGAAAGACUCGACAAAUCUAAUGUAAUCUAAGAAUGAAUUUGUUUUCUCAAUAUUUCAGAGCGUAUUUAAUAUUUAAUAUAAAUGCUCUUAGAAUACUUAAUGAAAAGACAUUUUUAUUUACUAUAGGAUGUUAAUUUACUACGUGAUGAUUAAUGAUCGAGGAAGACUAUAUUGCACUUAUAAUUAACUGCAUAUAUUUUCAGCUUUUAUAUUAUUAUUUAAUAUAAGUAUAAAUAAUUUAAUAUAAAUAUUUUUGAAAGGAUAUUGUUGAUUCUUAAUUUAGCACGUCGAAAAAAGGAAGGAAGGUGAUUACAGAAGUUUAACUAAGAGUUGAUUGGCAUUGAUUCCACGUCGCGGAAACAGCAAUUACGCUAUCUAAAGCGCUCGAUAUGUACAUCCCCAUAUUUACUCCCCCGUUACCUGACAGGGAGGCGUUUGUCCCACUUAGCGGAAAUUUUAGCUGUUUAGUUGUUCUCUCCGAUCUAUCGCGCUAUAAACCCUCGACCGAUCUUCCAGUGACAAAAUGAAAUUAAUGUUUUGUUUUUUGAUAUGCCCGUUGCUGCUUUUCGUUCUUCUUGGUACUUCAACCGAAAUUCGCUUAAACGCUAACGUCAUCGUCAACAUGAUACUAAGCAUUCGAAAAUAUUACUCCGCGGCGUCUGUCAUAUUCGUUCAUCCUGGUGACAAAUACGGGGAUUAUGGGGGUCAGUCAAAGUGUCUUUCCAGCGACACAGUACUAUCAUUGCCACACGGAAAGAAUAAUGUUAUUGGAGAGUAUCUAAAAACUUAGAUAUUAUAUAGAUUAAUCUGCAAGUAAUUUUGAUUUUUGGUCUAAGGAACAAAACAAAAUUAUUUUUAGAUCUGUAUUGGGUUAAAUCUUUAGAGUCUUUAGCAAAACCGUUCUUUCUGCGUAUUAUUUAAAAUUUUACGUUGACACAGCAUUUUAUAGCGGUUUUUUUUUUACAAUAAAAGUCACGGAAAAUCUCGAAAAGUUUUCUUUUGAGUUUAGUAAGUUUUUUAAGUUUUGCAAAUGUAAAAAGAAAUUAUUAAAUUAACAGUUAUUUCGACUGCUAGUUCCAGUAAAAGAUUAUGUAGGAAAUUUCUUUCUUCUUUGAAGAACUUGACAGAGAUUCUUAGAGUUCUCUCAAAUAUUUAAUUUUGUAAAAUCCUCGAUGUAGAUUUGCAAAUCACGCAUCUGAUACACACGAGCUCCCGCUUGCUGAAUCGGCUCUACAUAAUGACUGUGAACGUACACUUCAAAAAGUUACGGAACACGCUCAGGUACUAUCAUAAAAUAGUCCACCCCAUCAUCGUCGUCAUUCUACCCGACCUCGAGGCAUACCUGGAAUUCACGAAGGCCAUUAAAACUUACCCUAUGUCCUUCCCGGUGUGGUUCACAUUGUUUCUCUACACCUCGGGUAACGGCACCCACGAUCACUGCCGCCAGCCAAUAGGUAAUCCUUUCAAUUUAACAUUCGACACGCAGAUGAUGGUACUGUGCCACAAAGAGGCAAUCCUACGGGAAUGGUAUUCCGUCAAGGGUGAAACCGUCAAAAUGUUUGACCUGGCGGAGUGGAAAGACGAGAAAGAAUUCAUUCCUCUGACGAAUCUGUCUCUUUACGACCGGAGAACAGACAUGGAAGGAGUUGUUCUACGGGCGGUUACGGUCAAGGAUUUGUCAACUUCGACGCAAUUUGCUGGGAAUUACGUGGCUACUAUGUAUGGAAAAGUAUUGGAGGAGCUCACACAUUCCCUUAACUUCACCUUGAAGAUGAUUUCACAAAUGGACGAGCAUGGUGUGUGGAAUAGUCAAACGCGCACUUGGUCUGGAGUGAUGGGCGAGAUUGUAUCGGGUCGCGCAGAUUUCGCUAUCGCUGAUAUGUCGAUGACGAGUCUUCGGGUACGCUACGUCGAUUUCACGCUGCCUUUGAUCAUAUCUAGAACCAGUCUGUAUAUCAAGGAGCCAAAAAUAUGUGGCGUCAAGUGGCUUGGUUAUUUUCAGACUUUUAAUUCACGUACGUGGGUUACGAUUAUCACGCUGAUAGCAAUCGCGCCGUUUCUCUUAUCCUUCAUGAAAAUGUAUCGCGAAUCUCGAAACAUCAUGGAUUUGAUCUCUGAGAAUUUACUUUGCAUUUGGGGUAUCUUCUGUCAGCAGGCGCUUAUAGAAUUUCCGAAAAGUUCAUCACUACGCAUCGCGUACUUUACAAUAUUUUUGACGGCGGUGCUGAUAAGUGCUCACUAUUCAGCGGCAUUGGUUUCUUUCCUGACGUCAUGCAUUCGCGUUCUGCCCUUUCAGACGAUAGACGAAUUCAUUGACGACGGUACCUAUAAAUUAAUCGUGCCACGCGGUAGUUCCGACUACGACAUAGUCUCUUUUCAGGCAAAGCAGCAGUCGUCAAAGUGGUUUUUCUCGGUAAAACUAAUGAAAUUAAUGAAGGACGAAUCGGAACUGCCAAGGAAUCUAAUUGAUGGCUUCACUCAAGUAUGCAACGAGAGAAAAGUUGCUUAUAUGGUACUAAGUAGUCUGAAGAAAAGUGUAGAAAUGAAAAUACCUUGCAAAAUAUCGAGCAUCAGCACUGAGAGGAUAGACAACUUAGGAAUGAUUUUAUCGAAAGGCAACCCGUAUACGAACGUGAUAAAUUAUCAUUUACAGAAAUUUUUCGUGAAUGGGAUAAUGACUCGUCUGAGGGAUACAAAAUUUUUGGCGCAGUCAAAUGAAGGCAAGACUUACAAGCCAGUCCGUAUAAUUAACAUCGCCCCAAUUUUGGCGUUUCUCUGUGGAGGCAUCAUUAUAAGCAUUGCGGUGCUGUUAUUAGAGAAAAUUCUUUAUCGAUCGAGGACAAAGAAACUGAGAGUCUCCUAUCCUUCAAAGAAAGAUAUUCUAUUUAUCAAAAAGUACAAUUAUUGAAAAAGUAUAAAUUUACAAUUUUAUUUUAUUUAACUUUAAUUGAGCUGUUGGUAAAAAUAUUCUAAUCUUUUGUGUGUGUGCGUGCGUGUGUGUGUGCG